AUGGGCCGAAGGAAGGUGGUUGGGAAGCAGGGCUACCGAGUGCAUGGAUAUAAACAUCCCUGGAUACUCUCACCUGCUUUAGUCCACCGGCAGGUAUCGAAAUCGACCUUCUCUAGUCUUUCGAAGACUCCGAUUUCGAAGAUCUUCACCCUAACACAAGAAUCCCUAACACAUCGAAGGCCGGACUUUGGUGUCAUAGGAGACUUCGAGGUUUCCCACUUUGAGCGCAUUUUGGACACACGACUUGAGCAACGGAAAUCGGUUUUAACGUCAGAAGAUGAAGUGGAGUCGUACAACGUGGAUUACGCCGGACAAAUUAAAGGUGCUUCGCGUUUGGUUUUGCUGCCCUCGGACACAGAACAGCUGUCUGAUGCACUUAAACUCUGCUCAAACUGGAACUUGGGCGUUGUCCCACAGGGUGGAAAUACCAGCCUUUAUGGCAGCGGCGUCCCCGUCUUCGACGAGGUUAUUGUGUCUACUCGGAGAAUGAACAGAAUUUUGGAUAUCGACGCAGAUUCCGGCAUCGUUGUAUGCGAGGCCGGCGUGGUACCUGCGGAUCUGGAUAAGAUACUUGCUGACCCGCAGUACAAUCUCAUACCCCCAAUAGAUCUUGGCUCCUGGGAAAUUUGUAGUUUUGGAGGAAAUGCAGCCACUAACGCAAGGGGUAUCAGGACUCUCAAAUAUCCGGAUUUCCGAUCAGCAAUUACAGGCAUUGAAGCAGUUAACGCAAGUGGCGAAACGCUUAAGUUCCUUGGCGAUACUAGGAAGGAUCUUGUGGGCGUCGACUUGAAACAAUGCCUUAUUGGUACUGAAGGAACAUUUGGGAUUAUCUCCAAGUUGGCAUUUUGUUGUCCGCAGAGGUCCAAAUCAACAGAGUUAGCCUUCUUCGGUGAGAUUUUUUGCCAGUUUAUUUUAAUCACAUUUUCUCGAACUCACCUCAUGUGA